GAGAGCAGUAUGAAGAGGAGCAAGAGGCAAAAUCUGAACUUCAGCGUGGAAUGUCUAAGGCCAACAGUGAGGUGGCUCAGUGGAGAGCCAAAUAUGAGACUGAUGCAAUCCAGCGCACUGAGGAGCUUGAGGAAGCCAAGAAAAAGCUGGCACAGCGUCUCAGGAUGCUGAAGAAUCUGUUGAGGCUGUGAACUCCAAGUGUGCUUCUCUGGAAAAGACCAAGCAGAGAUUGCUGGGUGAAGUCGAGGACCUCAUGAUUGAUGUGGAGAGAGCAAAUUCACUAGCUGCCAACUUGGACAAGAAGCAGAGAAACUUUGACAAGGUCCUGGCAGAUUGGAAACAGAAGUACGAGGAAGGUCAGGCUGAGCUGGAAAGUGCUCAGAAAGAAGCUCGUUCCCUCAGCACUGAGCUCUUCAAGAUGAAGAACUCUUAUGAAGAAGCUCUUGAUCACCUGGAGACUCUGAAGAGAGAGAACAAGAAUUUGCAACAGGAGAUUUCUGACCUUAGUGAGCAGCUUGGAGAGACGGGAAAGAGCAUUCAUGAGUUAGAGAAAGCCAAGAAAACAGUGGAGGCUGAAAAAUCAGAGAUCCAGACUGCACUUGAAGAAGCUGAGGGCACCCUGGAACAUGAAGAAACCAAGAUUCUUCGUAUCCAGUUGGAGCUGACCCAAAUCAAGAGCGAGAUUGACAGAAAGCUUGCUGAGAAAGAUGAGGAGAUUGAGCAGAUCAAGAGGAACAGCCAACGAGUGAUUGAUUCCAUGCAAAGCACUUUGGACUCUGAGGUCAGGAGCAGAAACGAUGCCCUGAGAGUCAAGAAAAAGAUGGAGGGAGAUCUCAAUGAGAUGGAGAUCCAGCUGAGCCACGCAAACCGCCAGGCUGCUGAGGCCCAGAAACAGCUUAGGAAUGUCCAGUGCCAACUCAAGGUAAACUUACUUCUGUAAAAGUCUUCUCACAAU